CGCGCCGUGUGCAUCGCGACGUCGUCUUCCCUCUUCGAGCAUCGACCGCGCGCGCGUGCGUCUCUCUUCUCGAGGCGUCGCAGCGAGCGUAUCGUCGAAUCGCGCGUCGCGUCGAGCGCGCGGGCGCGGAAUCCGCGAGCGUCCCGCCUCCAGCGCAGGCGCUGACACUCGGGAAAAAACCGCGAACCUCCUCCCUCGGCGAGCGCGCGCGUCUCCCCGCGCGCGCGUCCUCGAGCCUCCGCGCGCCGCGUAUCGCGUCCGCGAGCAGCGCGUGAAGGAGCAUCGCUCGCGUCGCGAACAUGUCCGCGAUCGCGUCGCCGACGUCGGCGCCCGUCGCGUCGCUGAAAAUCUCGCGCGGUCGCCGCGUCGCGUCGAGCGCGCGAUGCCGCGUCGUCCUCGUGCGCGCGCGCGCGUCCGAGGACGCCCCGAGCGCGAAGCGCGUCUCCGAAAACGGCGACGUGAUCUUCACGUUCCCUGAACCCGAACCGCCGCGAUCCGUCCUCGCGCCGGACGCCGUCAAGGCGGCUCCGAUAUCGUGGACGCGCAGGGCGAAGUUCGCGCUCGCGUCCGUCGCGUCCGUCGCGGCGACGCUCGCGCUCCCGAAACCCGCGGUCGCGUUCUCCGACGCCGCGCUCAACGCCGGCGCCGCCGUCGCGGGCGCCGGCAUCUCCUCGCUCGUCAUGCGCGGGACGUCGCGACCGGUCCCCCCGCGCGACCCGGCGACGGCGACGGCGACGGCGACGGCGACCGCGACCGAGGCGUCGACCGCCGCGUCGCUGGUGAUGAUGUCCGCGGAGAUCGACGCGGGGACUCUCCCGGUGCCGCUCGGCGCGCCCGAGGCGGCGGCGGCCAAAGCCGGGGGCAUCUCCGCCGCGCCGUCGUACACCGCGAGCGAGCUCGCGAGGAUGCUCGUCGCGGAGGUGCCGACGUGGCAGCGCGCGGCGUUCCUCGCCGCGCCGUUCACGCCGAUCGCCGCGCUGCUCGUCGCGUCCAGGCGAUGGGCGAGGGCGCAGCGCGAGCAGCUGCGACAGCUGGAGGAGCACAGAGCGACGUCCGCGGCGAGGCUGGAGCACCAGAAGCAGCUCUCCGCGGAGCUCGAGGUGCUCGAGGAGAAGCUCGGGGAGCUGCGCGACGAGAACGAGCUCGCGCCCGCGUCCACGGAGAACGAGGACACGACGGCGGCGCUGGAGAUGGCGGAGAGUCUGAAGGCGACGGCGGAGGAGUUCAAGCAAGCCGCCGAGGCGGCGAAGGCAGACCUCGAACGCCAGCUCGAGGAGACGCUCGAACUCAGGAGAGAGCUCUCGAACGCGCACAAGGCGAAGAAGGAGGCGGAGAAGGAGGCGGAGGCGGCGAGGGAAGCCAAGGCGAACCUCGCGGAGGAGCUCCAGAAGGAGUUCGCCGACCGCGCCGUGCUGCAGUCGGACCUCAGCGGCGUCGCCGAGAUUCGCCAGAAGCUCGAGCGCCGCGAGAAGCUCCUGAACUCGCUCCAGGGCGACCUCGACCGCGCGGAGGGGUCGAGGAAGACGCUCAUGUGCCAGCUCGAGACGGUGACGAUCGCGCGGGAUAAGAUGGAGGCGGAGAUGAAGGCGUUUCAAGCCGACGCGGAGGCGAAGAUCGCCGCGGCGAUCGAACGCGGCGACGCGCUCGAGGCGUGGCGCGCGGACCGCGAGCGGUGGGAGGCGGAGACGAAGAAGAACUUUCUGCAGCUCGAGAAGGAGCACGACGAGAACCUCGAUGCGCUGGCGAAGGCGAGGAAGGAGGCGAAGGACGCCGAGGCGAAGCUCGCGUCGACGCGCGAGGCGGUGGCGGAGGUCGAGGAGCGAUUCGCCGCCGUCGACGCCAAGCUCGCGGCGUUCGAGGCGUCGGCCGCGGAGGAGAAGAAGGACGACGACGAGGCGGAUGCGGAUGCGAUCGCGACGAGCGAAGCGCUCGAGGCGGCGCGCAGGGAGAUGACGCUCGCGUCCGAGGAGCGCGUCGCCGCGGAGAAGGCGCUCGAGGAGGCGAAGAGCGAGAUUUCCUUCCUCAAAGCCGCGAUUGACGCGGACCGGAAGACGUCCGGCGACGCCGCCGCGGACUCGGAAGAGACGCUCGCGCGGACGCUCUCGGAGGCGUCACGCCUUCGCGAGGAGGUGGAGACGAUCCGCGCGUCGCUCAUCGAGACCACGGACGCGCUCAGAGACGCGAAAGAGCGCGAGGUGGCCGCCAAGGCUGCGGAGAUCAGGUCCCUGACGGAUCAGCUCGACGAGUCCGAGGCGGACGCGACGCUCAUGAGGAAGCGCCUCGAGACGGAGCACGACGCCGUCGUCGCGGCGCUCAAGGCGGAGCACGAGGCGGAGGUCGCGGACCUCAGGGCCCAGCUCGAGGAGUCCGAGGCGGCGCUCGACGGCGUGCGAUCCGCGCUCGCCGCGAUGAACGCCGAGCUCAACGACGCGACGGAGGCGCUCGCGGCGGCGAAGAACGACCUCGCGUCCACCGCGGAUGAGAUCUUGGAGGGCAAGGCGACCGAGAUCAGCGCGCUCGCGGCGGAGCUCGCCGCGAAGGACGACGCGUUCGACGACGCGAAGCGCGCGGUGCUCGCGAUCGAGGCGGAGCGCGACAUCAUUCAGCGCAAACUCGAGGAGCGCGACGCCGCGCUCGCCGUCGUCAAGGCGGAGCUCGAGGAAGCGUACGAGAAGCUCGCGGCUGCCGGCGCCGACGCCGCGAAGGACGACGACGUCAAGUACGCGGAGGAGGUUCUCGCGCGGGAGCUCAGGGCGAAGCACGAGAAGCAGGCGAUCGCGAUGGAGAGGAAGAUUGCCGAGCUCGAGGAGACGAUGGUGAGGGCGCACGUCGCCGCGCGCGACAACGCGGCGCAGAUGCUUCGUCACAACCAACGCAUGGGCCGCGUCGUCGACGCGAAGAAGUCCGCGGCGUCCACCACCGACGCGGACAUCCCGGUGAAGUUCGAGAUUCUCGUGGACACGCUCCCGGGGCAGCGCGUCGCCAUGGUCGGGACGUGGAACGACUGGAACCUCGCCAACGCGUUUCCGAUGCGUUGGUCCGAGGGCGGGCUGUGGACGAUCACCACGCCGAUCCACGCGGACGACACGUACGAGUACAAGUACGUCGUCGUGGACGACAACUCCGCGGACCCGGAGGAGACCGCGGUGUGGCAGCACGGGAACAACCGGACGUUGGCGCUGCACGCGUCGCUGCACGACGAGGUUGUCCUGGUCGAAGUCUGCGACAGCUGGGUCCCGGAUCCGAUGCAGUCGCCCAUCCUGCUGCACUCGCUUGACGGGAGCGUACAGGAGGUUGGCUCCACGAAGCUUCUCAGGGACUGCGUGAACGAGCUGCGCACGGAGCAGGCGCUCAUCGACGGGAGCGAGUACUACCGCGUCUUGGAGGAGAUCUCCUCGCUGACGAAGGAGAGCGUCUCGAACGCCGUCUCCCUGAUCGCCGACGUCCCCGCCGCCGUCGACGACGAUCUCGACGACUUCGAGUCCCAGAUCGCGCAAGCCGCGAAGCUCGAGGAAGAGCUCCGCGAGAACAUCGCCGCGGAGGCCCAGAACGCGCAACGAUCGAGCGAGGUGGCGGACGCCGCCGCGGCGAUCCUCGCCGCCGACGCCUCCGCGGCGGCGGCGACGGCGUACGCCAAGGAAUCCUUCGUCCCGGAGCCGGCGCGGCCGCCGGCGCGCGAGCGCGUUGAGAACCGCCCGAAGAUGACGCCCGCGGAGAAGGACGACGAGCCGCCGGAGAGCGUGUUCUCGAUCGAGCUGAGCGGCGAGGAGAAUGAUUCCGACGCCACCGAAGAGCAGAUGGGCGAGGAGCAGCGUAACAACGUCCUCCCCGCCAACGCGAAGGUUGUGGCGGAGAAGGAGGCGACGAGGGAGAGGAUUGAAAAAGAAAAAGAAAAAGACGAGACGAAGAUGAAGAUCCUCGCGGACGGCACCGUCGUCGAGGACCACGGCGAGGACGACGACCUCGAGAUUGGCGGGUCCAUGAAGACGCAAGACGUCGGGCCGCGGUGAUGGACGCGACGACGGACGUGAUCGUCCGGCGGCGGGCGGCGAUCGACGCGAUCGUAAUACGCGUCGACAGACCGGGCGGCGACGGAUGUGGACGGACGGAGGAGCUGAGAUCUGAGAUCUCUGCUCGGGGGGGUACGCACGUAUACGAACAGAAUUAGUAGGACGUAGAAUAUGCACGCGGUAGAAGACUGCCCGCGAGUUCGUCGGAGGCUGGGGCCUCCGGCGAGCCGCGUGGAGAGCACGCUUGUGAUAACAGAACUUUGACG